AUGGCGAAUUGGGCAGAGUUGCCGCAGGAUCUCCUUACUCACAUUACAGAGCGUGUUAAAGUGAUUGAAGAUUUCAUUGCUUUUCGUGCUGUCUGUACCUCAUGGAGAACUGGUGCUAGAAAGAAAUUUUUCGAUGCGCUUUCGCCCCAAGUUCCAUUACUUAUGUUGGCGGAUAAAGAUGACUAUUAUCGAGAAUUUUACUCUCUUUCGAGGAAAAAAGUUUCACGCAUAUUUCUCCCAGAAACUAGAGGGCGAGAGUGUUUUCCAUCAAAGGGAUGGCUGUUCACCAUGUCAUAUACCGGAGAGAUGAACUUGUUGCAUCCUUUCUCUCAUAUCAAUAUACAGCUUCCCCCACGGAAGGACUUAUUAUUGGCUUUAGAGGGUCUCGUUGUAGCACCCGAAGAAGAGAUUUGGAACUGCAUGGCUAUCUUAUCGGCCAGUCCUUCUCGUACAUCAGAUUAUGUACUGGUGGUUAAUUAUAAUUAUGGACGUGUUAAUAGUUUGGCUUUUUGGCGACAUGAAUAUUGA